AUGGAUAAUUACAAGAAGUGUUCACAGUGUUCGCGGGAAAUGAACGUUAUAGACGAUCACCCAGAGUGUUUUCGUCACAGAUUGUGUACCGAAGUAUUUACUUGUGAAAUUUGUAAGGCCUGGACGCCGGGGCGAUGGACCGCGUAUACCAAGAUGGUGGAUAAGGCCUUAGCGAAGGCAAACAAGCCUGGAGAAACCGCGGCAUCUAGCGAGAUGAGAGAACAGCCGACGGUUGGUGAGAAUAUUAUGUCGUCGCCGUCUCCGAGCGGCAUGGGAGACAGAACUCGGCCAACACCGCCUCCGAGCGGACAAAUAAGGGCCUCACAAGUUCAGUCCUUGCCUCCGAGCGGACAAUGGAACCCGCACACAGCUUUUGUGUCCAUUAAUCCUGCUCAAUUGACGUCUCUGAACGGCCAAGCGCAGAUGCCAUUCGUUCCGGUAGCACCUCCGAGUGCACAACCGAAUUUUAUGAAUUGGUCAGAGCAAGCAUUUAAUGCUUUUAUUGACAGCAGAAUAAAGCUCAUGACUCAACAGAACGUUUCUCCUGGCGUGACUUCUACUGGUUCUAAAACCACAGGUGAGUCUGUGAAUGCAGAUACAAAUAGAAAUGCAAGUAACAGACGGUUUAACAGAUUUGAGAGAGAAACGAGGUCAGUUAGCCCUGACGUUCUGGAUCUUGCAGAUGCCAGAGACGAUCAGUUUGUAGAUGAUGAUGAUCAGUCCUUGGAUGAUUCGAGAUCUCAGUCGAAUGAAAAGUGUGAUGAGACCGAAUCUACAAUUGCAUCUGUAGAAGGCUCAGGUUCUUGGAAGAACUUUAUAACAAAAAUGGCAUCAGAUCUGAAAGUUCCUUUAGAGGCCGAUAAGCCAGAACAGGAGUACGCCUCGUAUGUAUCGCAACAUUUACAGUGCAACAAGGAGUCUUCUAAGAUUAGGCCUCCGUUGGAGGGAUCUUCUAUUCAAGCCUUCAUGAAUGUAGAUAAAGAAGGGCAGACUAGAGGCAAAAUCCGUGCUUUCAGAGCUAGAGAUGAUGAAAAAUAUGCCGUAGCAGCUGAUCAUUUUGCAAAAUUCUGUAAAGUGCCAAGUCUCGACUCUAAUAUUGAAGAGGGCAUUACAGAUGGCAAGACUCAGUCGGGUAAGGGUCAGACAGGAAAUGCCAAGGGUCGUUUCAGAUUUAGCGACAAGCAUAAUGCUGCUUAUAAUUCAGAGUUUCGCAAGGUAGAUAUGAGUGCGAGACUGUUGUUAAGACAAAUAUCUUACGGAUCAAUGAUUACGUCUUACUUGGAUACAGUUCAGUCUGAUGAAGAUAAGACUGAGGCUUUGCAAGCUCUUGUGCAGUUGUUUAAUUCAAUGGCUGAUGUAACAUCGAGAGUUAUUGUAACAGCCGUAGGAGCCAGACGAAGUCUGUAUUUGCAGGACAUGGCCUUCAAGAAUAAGGCUACUGAGUCAAAGUUACAGAAUUUGUCAACAAUUGGCUCUGAUCUUUUCCUCGGAAAGUAUUUUGAUGUAUUGCAUUCUAGUGCAGAAAACAUAAGAGAUGCGAAAGAGACCCAACAUUUAAGGGGUAAGGAUAAUUAUGCAGCUUCCAAGAAGCGCAAGUUUGAUCAGAGAGGAGAUGCAAGACUGAAUGAAGCAAGUGCAUCUAAGGUUCCUAAGAGAACAGGCAGUAAGGGUACUGAAAACAGGAACUUUAAGAAGAGAAAUAAUUAUCAUGACAAGUCAGCAGCAGCUCCGAAGAAGUCUGAUAAUAAUCAGUUGGGGUUUCGAGCCCCCAAGUAUUAA